CCAGGUCCUUCUCUGCACAGCCCCUUUCCAGCAGGUCAGCCCUUACGUGUACUGACGCAUGAAGUUAUUCCACCCUAGUUGAAGGACUCUGCACUUGCCUUUGUUGAACCACAUCAGAUUUCUCUCCACCCAGCUCUUCAGCCUGGCCAGCCCCCUAACAAAGUCCCCCAGACCCUGACCAGAAGAGGAAACCGAGGCCGAGCUGCGCCAGCCGAGGACAUUUGGGUGCCACCGCGCACCGUAGGCGGAGCGCCACCGCCUUCUUCCGCGUCUCGAUGAGGAAGAGGCAGCACCUUCCUCUCUCGCUAGAACGCUCGGAAGAGGCGAGAGAAUGGCGGCUGCGUCCGGCGUCGUGCGGAGCCGCUUUGUGGUGGUGGGAGGAGGCAUCGCCGGAGUUACCUGCGCCGAGAAGCUGGCCGUGGACUUCCCAUCAGAAGACAUUUUUUUAGUGACAGCUUCUCCAGUUAUAAAAGCUGUAACCAAUUUCAAACAGGUCUCAAAAACACUUGAGGAAUUUGAUGUAGAAGAGCAACCAAGUUCUUUAUUAGAACAACGAUAUCCCAAUAUUAAAGUUAUCCACUCUGCUGUAAAACAACUGAAAAGUGAGGAGCAUAGAAUUUUCACUGAAGAUGGGAGAGAAUAUAUGUAUGAAAAACUCUGCCUGUGUGCUGGAGCAAAACCCAAAUUAAUAAUUGAAGGAAACCCGUAUGUAUUAGGGAUUCGGGAUACUGACAGCGCACAGGCUUUCCAGAGGAAUUUGGCUCGAGCUGAGAGAAUAGUAGUGGUAGGAAAUGGUGGGAUUGCACUUGAAUUAGUGUAUGAAAUUGAAGGCUGCGAAGUAAUCUGGGCCAUCAAAGACAAAGCCAUUGGGAACACUUUUUUUGAUGCAGGAGCAGCUGAAUUCCUUAUUCCAAAACUGACUGCUGAAAAACAAGAGACUCCAAUUGAAUGUAAAAGAACCAAGUAUACAAUGGAAGGAAGUGAGAAAAAAGAAAGGCCCACAGCAGCAUCUGACAAACUGGGCAGCGCCUUGGGCCCCGACUGGCAUGAAGGCUUACAGCUGAAAGGAACCAAAGAGUUUUCUCAUAAAAUACAUAUUGAAAUACUGUGUGAAGUAAAGAAAAUCCACUCACAGCAAGAAUUUAUACAACUGCAACAGACUUCUUUGGCUUUUCCUAAGGAGGGGAAGAAUGUAGAACCAGAUGAAGUGCUGUGGCCUGUAUAUGUGGAAUUAACUAAUGGAAAAAUGUAUGGAUGCAAUUUCAUUGUCAGUGCAACUGGAGUUGUGCCAAAUGUGAAACCAUUUCUUGAUAGCAAUAAUUUUGCUCUAGGUGAAGAUGGAGGUCUUAAAGUAGAUAAACACAUGCACACGUCCCUGCCAGAUAUAUAUGCAGCUGGGGAUAUCUGCACGGCGGCGUGGGAACCCAGCCCGGUGUGGCAUCAGAUGAGACUGUGGACUCAAGCUAGGCAGAUGGGCUGGUAUGCAGCAAAAUGCAUGGCAGCCGAUGCUUUAGGGGAGUCUAUUGAUCUGGAUUUCAGCUUUGAAUUGUUUGCUCAUGUAACAAAAUUUUUCAAUUACAAGGUGGUGGUUUUGGGAAAAUUUAAUGCUCAAGGCUUGGGUUUAGACCAUGAACUAAUGCUGAGAUGUACCAAGGGACAAGAGUACGUUAAAGUGGUGAUGCAGAACGGACGAAUGAUGGGAGCCGUGCUGAUCGGUGAAACAGACCUGGAAGAAACCUUUGAAAACUUGAUUUUAAAUCAGAUGGACCUUUCAGCCUAUGGUGAAGAUCUCCUGAAUCCAGAUAUUGAUAUAGAAGACUAUUUUGAUUGAAUGAAAACCGAUUUCUAUUUUGUAUACUGUUUUAAUACUGACUAAUGUCUUAUGAAACGUGCCUCCUGGGAGUUAUCAGAAGCAGGGAUAAGUGCAAUUCCUUCUUUACGUUUUUGAGUUGAUGUUGUCAAAUUAAUGAAAGGCAAAUGAGGUUAAUCUAUGUAGAAAUGCAGUGGCAAAAGCAAGUUGAUUAAUAUUAACCGUGAUUUGAUCUAGACUAGAUGAGAAUAUAAGAUCAGGGCUAUUGCACUCCUAAAAAGCAGGCUUCACUAUGCUGUUAAGAUAGCGCCGCAUUCAGCUGAACACAGGGUAGUCUUCACUGUUGUAAAUAAAGCUCUACAUAAUACAUUUUAAAUCUAGUGCCUCCCUACUAGGGAAAGAACCUUGUAAUGUUUUGCCAUCCAUUCCACUCGCAUCUGUCUGUUAAUACCUUCAAGUACUUGCCUCAGGUUCUAAGUCUCCUAUUCCAGGUUACCAGCACCAUCUCUUUCAAGCUGGCACUUAAAGCUCUCGCCAUCUGCAAUGCAGUUUGCAAAUACAGAACAAACUGGGGUGCUUCAUGUUCGUUUUCUUUUUUUCAUAACUUAAUUUCUAAAGGAAAAUCAUUUUCUACUCAGCUAAAUACAGAACACAAAAACUUUGAGAGCUAGGGUGAAGUGUAUUGGAGCUUUUUUAUAAAAACUGUCAACUCAGGUAUUGUGGUAAAGCUGCAAUGUUGCGCAUCCUGUGUGAUUUUCAACAUGAGCAGUGUGAAGCCGCUCCAAGGAAGGGCUGACACAACACCACUGGUGGCUGUCACCUGCAGAGAUCUUACCAGGAUCCUGUGGAGCAGACUGCUGGACUCAACUCAUUUGGUAGAUGGUACUGGGUGCCAUUCUGAAUGCUGGAAAGCAUCGCUCCAGAGGUACAGUCAUAGCCACAAAGCUAGUAUGGAAGUGUCACAGUCUCAGUACUGAUUGUUUUGCUGCAUGUUUUCAUGGUUUUUUUUUUUUUUUUUCCUUAAAAUGUUGUGUGAUUUCUAUUAUGCUGAUGGGAUUCAAACAUUCAACUACUGCAGCCAGAUAAAGAAAUCAUUCAGGAGUUUUUAUGUCCUUUUCCCUUUCUGCCCUCCCCCUACUUACUGUCAUGCAUAUUGGUUCCAGGAAGGAAUUUUUGGAGGUAAGAAAUUCCAGUUUGACUUUUGGUAGCUAAUGACAAACAUGCUAUUAAGUUGCAAAAGGGGGCUUAAGAUUUAAAUUUUAUUUAAAUUAUUUUUUUAAAUGUAAAUCUUAUAACAAGCUACCUGGAUGUAUGUUUAGUUAUGUAAGAUAUACAGUAAUAAUCAUGAUACAUAUGUACAGGUUUGCUUCAAUCAAGUUAAUUUUUUUGUUAUUAGUAAUAAUUCAUUGCCUCAUUUUCUAGGUGAUAAAGUCCAGCUGUUUAAGCUAUUCCUUAAUGUUGUCUUUGUAUUCUAUGCAGCAUUCAUGGACACAAAUUGUUUCAUACUUGAUUUUGGUUUUGAUCUGCAGUUGGGAGUUAAUAUUUAGGGUUAAACUAGGAGCACUUUGUUGUACAAAGUUGGCACUAUGUAAUGGGACUUCUCUCAGAAAACCACUCUAAUUAUUUUGAAGAGAAUGAUUGUUUGUUUAAUUAAUUCCAUUUUUGGCCAAGCUUUCAAUUAAUUGAUGCAUGAGAACUCUAAGCUUCAGUCACGAAAUCCUACCAGAAAAAUAAAGGUGAAGAGCUUUGUGUAUACAAAUAA